AGAUUGGCUUUGAAACUCCAUUUUGAAAACUCUACUUCCUCAUGGAGCUGUUCAACCACCUCCACAUAGGACAGCCACGGAACCAUCAGCCAGGGCUUUGGACCCGUCAAGUGUGUGAGACAAAGGAGGAGCAGAUAUUGUGAUAGUCCUCCUGCCUCCAGCCCCCUCCAUCCAGAGUGGAGCUGCCUGCCCCCCUCUCUGAGCCUGAGCCCUGAUUCUGCGCACUGCUGUGGACCCCCCCUUCUCUCUCUCCCCCCCUCACCUGUGUCUCCUGGUCGAAACGCUCUGCUCCAGGAUGGCCGGCCUGUCUCUGCUCCUGGCUCUGGUCUUGUUGACCCAUCGAGCAGAUGCUGCCGGUCAGAACCCAGACCACGUCCUGCAGGGCACCGGGGUGAAACCUGAGCCCCGUCGCCCUGGAGACGGAUCCACCAUCGCCCCUGAAGAUGCCGCCCGCUUCCUCACCUGCUACUGCUCCGGACACUGCCCUGACGAUGCUUCCAACAGCACCUGCAUGACAAAUGGAGCGUGUUUUGCCAUCAUCGAGGAGGACGAGCACGGAGACGCCAUUAUCACGUCCGGGUGUAUGAAGUACGAAGGCUCGCAUUUCCAGUGCAAGGAUUCUCGCUAUGCUAAGCCCAGGAGGACGAUUGAAUGCUGUAACACAGACUUCUGUAAUAGAGACCUCCUGCCCACUCUGCCACCGCUGCCCCCUUCAGAAGGGAACCCUCACUGGCUGGCCUUCCUCAUCUCUAUGACCGUCUGCUGCUGCACACUCAUUUGUAUCACUGUGGUCUGCUACUACAGGUACAAAUGGCAGAGUGAGCGUCAGCGUUACCACAAAGACCUGGAGCAGGAAGUGUUCAUCCCUGCAGGAGAGUCUCUCAAGGACCUCAUCUACCAGUCCCAAAGCUCGGGCUCAGGCUCAGGGCUCCCUCUGCUGGUGCAGAGAACCAUCGCCAAGCAGAUCCAGAUGGUGCGUCAGAUCGGAAAAGGCCGAUACGGGGAGGUGUGGCUGGGCCGAUGGAGAGGAGAGAAGGUGGCUGUCAAAGUGUUCUUCACCCGAGAGGAGACCAGCUGGUUCAGAGAGACCGAGAUCUACCAGACUGUGCUAAUGAGACACGACAACAUCUUAGGUUUCAUCGCGGCGGACAUUAAGAGCUCUGGCGCGUACAUGCAGCUCCUCCUCAUCACAGACUUCCACGAGAACGGGUCCCUGUACGAUUACCUGAAGCAGAGCACCCUGGACACUGCCUCCCUGCUCAGACUGGCGUAUUCUGCUGCCUGUGGACUGUGCCACCUCCACACUGAGAUCUACGGCACCCAGGGCAAACCCGCCAUCGCACACCGGGACCUGAAGAGCAAGAACAUCCUAGUCAAGAAGAAUGGGACCUGCUGCAUCGCUGACCUGGGGCUGGCCGUCAAGUUCAACAGUGAUACAAAUGACGUGGACAUCCCCCUGAGUAACCGUGUGGGCACCAGGAGGUACAUGGCCCCAGAGGUCCUGGACGAGACCCUAAACAAGAACCACUUCCAGGCCUACAUCAUGGCCGACAUGUACAGCUACGGCCUAGUGGUGUGGGAGAUGGCCCGCCGCUGUGUCACUGGAGGUAUCGCGGAGGACUACCAGCUGCCCUACUAUGACAUGGUGCCUUCAGAUCCCUCCUAUGAAGACAUGUUGGAGGUGGUGUGCAAGGGACUGAGGCCCACAGUGUCCAACCGCUGGAACAGUGAUGAGUGCCUCCGAGCCAUGCUGAAGCUGAUGUCCGAGUGCUGGGCCCAUAACCCUGCCUCCCGCCUCACUAUCCUCCGAGUGAAGAAGACAUUGGGCAAGAUGGUGGAGUCUCAGGACAUCAAGAUUUGACCUGUGCCCCCCCCUCCUCCUCUGCCCCCUCACCGCUGGACUGGACCGCCCCAGCUUACGAGUACAACCAGAGACUAAAGGGACUAAACUAAGGCACCGUGUAGGACUGAAUGUGCCUCACGUUCUCCUCUGGACUCCAGGGGGCGCUCUCUGCUAUGACGCUUUCUGUGAAAGCCUCCAGACAUGUGGAUCUGACUGUGUGCGGCUGAGGAGGGAGGAGUGCACAUGUGUUCAAUCAUCUGUGUUUUUAAGAACCUCGGCAUCCUGGACUUUUGCCUGUUUUAAAAAAAUGCCAAUUUGUUUAGUUUUCUGGAUGACUCUUCAGGACUGUGCUCUCCUGCCAUAAUGAAAUAUAUCUCACUCUUAAAGUAGAGUUAAGUAUAAGAAUAAGGUACUAUUAAGAUAUGUGAAUUCUGUUAUGUAAAUAAAUGUUAGAUGCCGUGCCUAUCAUAAGGAGAUUUUGGAAAGACUUCGCUGCAGUGGUGUUGACGUCCGAUGACUUCUGAGAGAUAUGUACGUAAAAGGGGUUACCACGGAAACGUCUCCCGUCCCGUCUGUCUGUCCACAGCAUUUGUCCUGUUUGUGUGAGUGCGUGAGAGAGCGUGGAGAGUGGACAGCAGCUGUAAGUGUUCUCAUCACAAUAAAUAUACCGUAUGCGAAAAAAAGAAAGAAAAAAUGUUGGAAAGUCCUCUUGUUGGAGUUGUACAAAGACAAUCAGGUUAAUUUUAAAGCUACCAUUUGUCAUUAGAUUGCUUUGUAUUCUCACAUAUCUCCACUAGAUGCUAUCAACAUCACCGCAGUCUGAUAGUGUGCCAGUUUUGUAUUGCCCUGAACUGGUGAAAAAAUGAAACAUGCAGACAGUAGCUUUAAUGACAAGUUUGGGAGCAAAAUAAGCUAUCUCUGUGGAUUUAUAUGGGGAAGUGUCCAAGUGAGGAAUAACUUCCUAAAUCAUUUAAUUUUCAAGGUUAUAGACAAUUGAAUAGUGGGACGUUCUAACCUACCAGUCCUGCCUAAGACAAAGACAAUUAGAACAAAACUAUAAUACAAACCAAUUAGACAUUUCAUAUAGAAGUGUAUUUUGCAGUCCAUUGCCUAUAGCUGCUGUCCUCUCUGAGUGUGUGUGUGGGCGUGUCUUGCUGACAGCUGUAUUAUCAUAUGUAUUGAAUAUGCAGGACCCCCAGUAUAGAAUAAUCGCUAAUAUGUACAUGAUUUUUGGUGGUGUUUUGUACAGCAUCUGGUUUGGUGCCUUAUGAGUUUACCAAGGAAAAACUGUAUACAGUCUGUCCAUUGUAAUGAUUUUUAAGUAAAUAACCUUAUUUUAGUACACAA